AUGCCAGCUAAGCAAAUCUACGUGCGCUCACACAAAGAGAUCGAGGAAAAAUUGGAGGAAAUAUUUGCUAGCAACGGUGGACAAAAGGUGAUUCUGCUCCUCGAAGGAUCAACCGAUAUGACCGGUGAAAGCUGGAAUAAGGCAUGCCAAGAAGUUGAGACGUUGUUGGAACCCCUUUUGAAUUCCGCUUCCGAGAAAACGGUUUUUUUAAUGGCGGAAGUCGGUAAUGAGGAAGCAUGGCGAGAUGAAGCUAACUUCUUUAAGAAGCAUGCGAUCUACAAGCUGACUGCCAUUCCAACGCUAUUUUCAUUCACAGGACCGGAAUCAGUGGCCAAACGCCUUGACGGUCCAGCUUGCCUUGACAAGGACGCGCUGACAGAAUUCUUCAAAUAA